AAAGAUCACCAUCAUCAUUCUGUCCUGCUAUAUUGACACUUCUGAUUCCACUGAAGUUGAUCCACGGUUGAGUCCAGGUGUUGAUCCCCUAUACGGGUCUGCACCACCAUGAGUCCGGAGGAGUCAUCAGCGAGUCUCCUCUCAAAUGAAGAGCUGAACAACCUAGAGCCAGGUCUCAUUAUUCGGACCGCUGAACGCCAUCCCUUCAUCGUGCUUCUUCACGUUGGCAUCAAAUUCGCUUGUGUUUUUUACUACUUGUUUUGCAACUUUUUCAACGACUCCUUCGUUACAAACUUCGUGCUCCUGUUAUUCUUGAUCGCGCUUGACUUCUGGACGACAAAGAACAUCACGGGUCGCUUCCUCGUGGGUCUUCGGUGGUGGAACUACGUGGACGCAGAGACAGGAAAAUCUCAAUGGGUUUUCGAGAAAGCUCCCGACACUCGGCCAAUCGACAAGGGGGAAUCUGGAAUAUUCUGGACGGCAUUGCUGGCGAUGCCGGUCGUCUGGUCCUUCUUCGCCUUCACUGCAUUUUUUACCUUUAAUGUUGCGUGGUUGACGAUAAUCGUUGUGGCGAUCACCCUGACGUUUUCAAACGCCUAUGGGUACAUACGCUGCAAGCUGGGCGCUGAUAAGAGCAUCACGGGUACAGCGACAUCGUGGCUGAGUUUGCAAGUCGUCAAGAACAUGUUCCGGAAACAGGGAACCGUACCGGCCCAGAACCUUCCGAACGCGGGCGUCAACUAUUAGCGACGAAUAAAUUUAGAUAUUUUCUCGGAACCAGCGAUGGAGUUCCCAGAAUCCCGUGGAGGAGAAGCUAAGACUCAUAGGGCGAAUACCGAAUGAGAGAGCCGGGCGGUCCGCUGCUUGCUCAUCAUCAGAAAUUACCGGACAAUGAGACAUUAGCAGUGAGCUUUCCGGUGCCAUGGGAACUCGUCGCGAGGGCUCUGAGGAGCCCAAUAUUAUGUACACUUGAGUCACAUGAGCGUGAAGCGACAUUCCGGAGCGUAAGGUUCAGUCUGUGAAUGGUUAUAGUUUGGACAUCAUGUGAGACUAGUCAAUCGAUUGAACAAUCAUGAAAACUUCGUCUCCCGAGGCGGCUGAAGACCAUGCGACGUUCGCGGUCUUGUCGAGGAGACGCAGAUCAUGCGCGAGUUCGAAUUCUUCCCUUCGACUCCAAUCGAGGGACCCCUAAUGUGGAGGGUCCAGCAGGAGCCCGUGCUGGAGAUAUUGAUUUUUGAGACUUUCCGUCCAGAAUAAAUUUUAAGGUGUGGAGG